CUGAGCGAUCCUACGAAGUGCGCGAACGCGCUCCUGUGUCUGUUUAAAGAUGGCGGACGAGAAUGAGACAGCAGGCAAGCUGCCGCUAAACGAAGAGGUGGAGGAUGAGCAUGGACACUGCAGCGACUGUGAGAAUGAAGGCCACCACUUUCACGACGGCCAGAAGAGUCUGGAGGAUGAGAGUGGAGCAAAGAAGAAGAAAAAGAAGCCAAGAAAGAAAAAGGACAAGAGCGGAGGAUCGGAGUCUGCGCUGGAGCAGUCAUCCAAAGUGAAUGCUCUGCCAGCGGAGAAGCUGCAGGAGAUCCAGAAAGCCAUUGAACUCUUCUCGGUGGGGCAGGGGCCUGCCAAGCCCAUGGAGGAGGCGAGUCGCCGGAGCUACCAGUUCUGGGACACACAGCCUGUGCCCAAGUUGGGGGAGGUCGUGAUUUCCCACGGACCCAUUGAGCCUGACAAGGACAACAUCAGGAGUGAGCCGUACUCUCUGCCACAAGGCUUUAGCUGGGACGCCCUGGACCUGGGCAACCCAACCGUGCUGAAGGAGCUCUACACCCUGCUCAAUGAGAACUACGUGGAGGAUGACGACAACAUGUUCAGAUUUGACUACUCGCCCGAGUUCCUGCUCUGGGCCCUUCGACCUCCUGGCUGGUUGCCACAGUGGCACUGUGGUGUCCGAGUCCUGUCCAACAAGAAACUGGUGGGCUUCAUCAGUGCCAUUCCCGCUGACAUUCAAAUCUAUGAAACAGAGAAGAAAAUGGUGGAAAUUAACUUCCUCUGUGUCCACAAGAAGCUGCGCUCCAAGCGUGUUGCCCCCGUCUUAAUUCGGGAAAUCACCAGAAGAGUCAACCUGGAGGGCAUCUUCCAAGCGGUAUACACCGCUGGCGUGGUCCUCCCAAAGCCAGUCAGCACUUGCAGGUACUGGCACAGAUCGUUGAAUCCUCGCAAACUCGUGGAGGUGAAGUUCUCCCACCUGAGCAGGAAUAUGACCAUGCAGAGGACGCUGAAGCUCUACCGCCUACCUGAGGCCACCAAGACCCCAGGUCUGCGAUCCAUGGAGCGUAAGGAUGUGCCCGCCGUUCACGGCCUCCUGCGGGAGUACCUGUGCCAGUUCCACCUGACGCCGUGUAUGAGUGUGGAAGAGGUGGAGCACUGGCUGCUGCCCCGCGAGAACAUCAUCGACACGCACGUGGUGGAGAACUCCGAGGGGGUUGUGACGGACUUUCUAAGCUUUUACACGCUGCCCUCCACCAUCAUGAAUCACCCUGUGCACAAGAGCCUGAAGGCAGCCUACUCCUUCUACAACGUGCACACCACCACGCCGCUGCUGGACCUCAUGAACGAUGCCCUCAUCCUGGCCAAGUCGAAAGGCUUUGAUGUCUUCAACGCGCUGGACCUGAUGGAGAACAAGACGUUCCUCGAGAAACUGAAGUUUGGGAUCGGCGACGGAAACCUGCAGUAUUACCUGUACAACUGGAAGUGUCCCAGCAUGAGCGCCGAGAAGGUGGGCUUGGUGCUGCAGUGAGAAUCAAGGACCCAUGGAUCCCACCUGCUGUGGCAUCGUUAGAGGAAUGAGAAGAGAAAUUGAGUUGACUUGUGACCUUUUGACCUGCGCCACCAUGGGAGGCCCACCACCUCACCUGGCACUCCAGGCAGUGGACCCUCAUUUUACACACAGAAAGCAAAAAACACAAAAAACAAAAAAAAAGAAAAGAAAAGCGACUGGCGUCACAUCACGAGACUUGGCAUGACGCCCCCUGCUGCCGUGCCUUUGCAUAUUCACUAAAUCUUGUUGAUCUGGCAUCCAGAGCGGCCGCUGCCACGCUGCCUCGUAGAACCAUCGCCCGUCCAGCUGCUGCUUCGCUCUCGCCAAAGGAUGCGGGCCCGGCCCACCGCUCGCCGGCGUGUGAUACGUGUGGAGUGGAUCCCUGUGUAAGGUAGCGCCCUGCGGGUCAUAGAAUAUCCGAAAUAAAAGAGUAAAGCCA